GCUGGCAUUGAGGUAGUUAACUGUGACAUGGUUGGCUUGGUCAGAGGUAGCAAGAAUGGGACACGCGCCUUCAACAGUAGAGCUCAGAGGGCGUUGGAGGAAGAAGAACAAGCUCAUAACACCUGCCAGCACUAAUUUAAUGCAAAAUUCUAAUAUUGCCCCGAUUUGUCAUUCCGGAGUUUUCAGAGGAGGGUUUACUGGUAAAUGGAAACGUAAGAUAUUUCUAAAGCAUCACGUAAUUCCUAUUGACUAUAAUUAGAGGAACAACUUUUUUGACAACUUGCGAAACCUUAACAAAGCAGCGAAGCCGAAUUACAAGUUGCCUACAGAGAUACACAUUUCUACUUUUAGUUUGGAAGUCUAACGUUACUCAACGCCACGGAAUGUGAAAUCUAGUCUACUGUCCAUCGACAUCGCCAGCAGAGCCAACCUGCAUUUCAAGACUCCAAAGGUUAACACUGCUGUCAUUGCUAUGGAGACCACCCAAGCCCUCCUCCUCUUUCUACUGAGUUUAUGUGUCUACAGUUGCCAUGCCAAUGCACGGACUGCUCCCAGAGUGCAUUUGUCAUACAAAGAGCUGAUGGAGACGCGGACGGCGCGGCCUUUCUCCUUCUCCUUCAACACCAGUGACUACCGCAUCCUGCACAUGGACCAGGACCAGGGCCGUCUCUACCUGGGCAGCCGGGAGUACCUAGUGGCCCUGGACAUGCACAACAUCAACAAGGAGCCCCUCAUAAUUCACUGGCCGGCCACUACCCAGAGGAAAGGAGAGUGUAGAAUGACUGGAAAAGGUGGGCAGGGGGAGUGUGCAAACUUUGUGCGUCUGAUCGAACCCUGGAAUCGCACACACCUGUACACCUGUGGCACAGGGGCCUACAAGCCCAUCUGCACCUUCAUCAACAGAGGAUGGAGAGCAGAGGAGUACCUGUUCAGGCUGGUCCCUGGCUAUGUGGACUCAGGGAAAGGGAAAUGUUCCUACGACCCGCUGCAGGAGAAUGCUGUGGCCCUUAUCAAUGGGAAUCUGUAUGCAGGGGUCCACGUUGACUUCAUGGGCACGGACCCGGCCAUCUUCAGAACCCUGGGAGACAGACCUGCUGUCAGGACUGAGCAAUAUGACUCCCGCUGGCUGAAUGAGCCUGUGUUUGUGAAGAUCCAGCAGAUUCCUGACAGCUCCGAGAGGAACGAUGAUAAGCUCUACUUCUUCUUUCGGGAGAAGAGCCUGGAUUCGGCUGGGGGGGGCAGCCCCAGUGUCCUGGCCAGGGUGGGCCGAGUAUGCCUGAAUGAUGAUGGGGGUCAGAGGUCACUGGUCAACAAGUGGACGACCUUCCUGAAGGCUCGGCUGGUGUGCUCAGUGAUAGGCAGUGAUGCUGUGGAGACCUAUUUCGAUGAGCUGAAGGAUGUCUUCAUUCAGCCAACACAAGACGAACGCAAUCCUGUCGUGUACGCUGUCUUUUCCACUGCGGGGUCUGUGUUUAAGGGCUCAGCCGUGUGUGUGUACUCUAUGUCCGACAUUCGCAAUGUCUUCAAUGGCCCCUUCUCACACAAACAUGGACACAACUACCAGUGGACCCCCUACACUGGAAAGAUCCCCUACCCUCGCCCUGGAACGUGUCCAGGAGGAACGUUCACCCCGGGCCUCCGCUCCACCAAGGAGUUUUCGGAUGAGGCAGUGAACUUUGUGAGGGCACACCCCCUCAUGUACCACCCUGUCUACACAAUACACAAGCGCCCUCUGGUGGUCCGAACUGGGGUGGACUACCGAUUCACCUCCAUCGUGGUGGACCUGGUGGAUGCUGUGGACGGGAGGUAUGAGGUGCUCUUCCUGGGCACAGAUCGUGGGACAGUCCAAAAGGUGAUAGUACUUCCUAAAGACACUAGCACAACAGAAGAACUCACAUUAGAGGAAGUGGAAAUGUUCAGGACUCCAGCUCCUAUUAAGACUAUGAAGUUAUCAUCAAAAAGGCAACAGCUGUAUGUGUCAUCAGAGAGGGGGCUUACCCAGUUGUCCCUGCACAGGUGUAGCGUCUAUGGGAAGGCCUGUUCAGACUGCUGCCUGGCCAGAGACCCUUACUGUGCCUGGGACGGGGAGACAUGCGCCACCUUUAGCCCCUCCACCAAGAGGCGAAGCAGAAGACAGGAUAUUAAGCAUGGAAACCCCUUGCGGCAGUGCAGAGGGUUCAAUGCAAAAGUGGAGAAGCGUCUCAGUGAAACGGUGCAGUUUGGGGUGAAGGGGAGCAGUACGUUCCUGGAGUGCCAACCUAGAUCUCCACAAGCAACAGUCAAAUGGCUCUACCAGACACCAGACGGCAGGAGGAAAGUGCUGAGCCGAGACGGAGAGGUGCUGAAGACAGCUCAUGGCAUCUUGCUCAAGUCUCUGAGCCACGCUGACAGGGGGCUGUACCACUGCCUGGCCACUGAGAACAACUUCAAGCACACGGUGGUCCGCGUGGCCCUCCGCAUCCUGGACCGGGAGAUAGUCGAGGCCCUCACCUCCCUGGAUGCCCCACUGGAGGACCAGAACCUCCAUCACCACCCCCACCACCCACCGCCCCCGCCUCAAACUCUGCCACUGCAGUUUUCCUCCCAGCCGGAGAUCAGCCUCAUCAACCAGUACUGUCAGUCCUACUGGCAGCAGUUCAACCCCAACCUUCCCACAAAACGCACCAACAGGAAGCAUGUCAAGAGCCAGCCAGAGCCAGCCCCAGGGGGCCCUAUCCCCUCCUAGACUCCUUCUCUCCCCUCUCCUUCACUGGUGCCCGGGCCAGGUCCUGGAGGGUCACAGUGGCCCUCCACACUGCAGAGUCACUCACUCAUGUUGUGAUGUUGAUGUUGUUAUGUGUAUUGUUCAUCCCAUUCCCAUUCAGGGUUAGUCUCCAUGGGCCCAAUUCUGACUUUAGAUCAGUGCACAUAGCUAUGUGCUUUCUUGUAAAUCCUCUAUUGAUGUCAUUGAGAGUUGAGGUCAAAUUGGAGUUACACGCACAGAGGGUUUGGUCCUAAAAAUCUUCAGUUUAUUUAGCAAAUGAACUGCCCUAUUCAGUCCAAAUUAGUAACUAGUAACCUGAAUAUAAUCCCUGAUCCUAUAAACCUGGGUAUUAUCAAUUGGAUUGCUACUUAUGUUAUAGUAUGUCUCACUCAGUAUAAGCAGUUUUAGAAACUGCAGAGGAUUGUUAGUGUACACAAGAGUUGUAUAUAUAUA